AUGAGCACGGCGCCGCACGCCUGGUCUGAGGACCUGAAGGUGUUUGGGCUCCCAGCCGGCGAAGACGGCCGCAAGAGAGCACUGAAGGCAUGUCUUAGCUGUCGCUCUCGCAAAGUUCGCUGCGAUGUGUCGGUCGUCUCUCAGCCAUGCACGAACUGCCAGCUCCACGGGAAGAACUGUCUAGUCACUGGGCGAGGAUCCAGACUGGACGCCUUCCAACCACAGGACGCCUGCGACAAUUUUGAGCUUGAGCAGGAUUCUGGUCUUCCAGAGGACCAGCUAUCAUUCCACGUACCAUCAGAGUCGUCUAGAAUAUCCUCAGAGCAACUAUCGGGGAGUCGCAGUUACGCCAAAAACGGACACAGAGGAUCUCCUCCGCCAAGCCGACCGUCUUCGCUUCCGCGCUCUUCGUGUACGAUAACAUUCUCUCAUUUCCGUUUCCUUACACUGGGCAACCUCCAUAGGAUCCCUUUCGAGGAUGUGAACUAUCUCGAAUCUCAGGGAUGUCUGCAUGUCCCUGUGCCGCCAAUCCUCGAUGACUUUGUGCAACACUACUUUCUCCAUAUACAUCCUCUUCUCCCCAUUGUUGACGAAGGAGACUUCUGGGACAUGUACUCUCAGGCAGACACGAAUCGGGCGCCGGGGAAUACAAUGUCGCUUUUACUCUUCCAGGCUAUGCUAUUCAGUAGCUGCACGUUCGUGCCAUUUGCUAGCAUACAACGCCUCGGCUUCAGUUCUCUUCGGAGCGCCCGAGGCGAGUUCUACAGGAGAGUGAAACUCUUACACGACAUGGAGACUGAAAACUCCCCUCUGCCAUUAGCGCAGGCCGCCUUACUUCUCAUGGCCUGGGUCCCUCCGUCGAACCUGACCUUGAUUCCUUACAAGAUGUGGCUUGGAAGGGCUGUCCAAUAUUCCAAGUCUCUCAAUGCCGACCGCGUAGCCAAUGACAACUCCUCUGCCACUACUAAAAACCAGAAAGCCCUACGACGUCUAUGGUGGUGCUGCGUGGUCAUGGAUCGAAUCUCACCUCUAUGCUGUCGCUUCUAUCCUUACAUUCACCAUGAGCUAUCCGACUUUGAAAGCAGUGCCGCCCUCGUUUCUGAAGACUUGAGGGACGAGGUGUUCAGAUCUUCUGUCUACAAUCCAGCCAGCAAGCAGCGCCUCCUUUCUGUUUUUGAGGUUUACUUGAAGUUCAUCGUUAUUCUCACAGAUGUUCUUUCCGUAAGCUUCCCCUUUGCGGAAUCUUUGGAUCCUUCUAGCUCUUCAGAGCGACCACGGAGCGCCAAAGUUGACGAAUGCAUCUCGGCAAUGAAAUCCUGGCUGGCCUGCGCGAUGACAGUGAUACCGCCUUCGACAAUCGCAACCGCUAACCCCAGCAAAAAAGAAAACCUGCACAAGUCCGUCUCGGUACACGUCAACCUCAUCUACAUUUACUACUAUCAUUCCUCCAUUGCAUUAUCCCAUACAAGGUUGUUACGACUCGUCAAAUCAAACAUGAGCAAGAACGUGGAGGCUUCCGAGCUCGGCUUGAUUCGGGACGACCUACAGGGAGCCGCUGAAAGCAUGACUCAACUCUUUGCAGAUCUGGAUGGUCGCCGGCUUGUACGUUGGCUUCCUAUCAGCGCACUAUGCUGCAUGGUGUUUCCACUGGCGUUUUGUGUCGUGACCGCCAGACUGAGAGCUGCAAAUACCAGUCUUGCCAUGGAUGACGCAGGCCCGACCAGCUCAAACGACAGAGAUCUUUCGGUUCUCAUGGGAACGAUAAAAUCCUUCCUCCCACAGUACGAUGGCGUGGACCUAAUCAAGGAGACCGUCAAACACGCAGCCGAGCUAGCACACGCCGCCGGCCAGGCUCUAUCCAAGCAUUCUGCAGCAACACCACCUACGAGCUGGACACAGAUUCUAGUUGGCGACCCAGAGCUGUAUCUCAAGAUGGUGAUGUCUAUAGACCUCUCUAUCAAUAAGGGUCGGCUUGUGGAAGAGGACGACUUCCCGGCAGGGCUGUUCAGCAAGAUGCGCCUAGAUGCAGCCUCGAAUCAUCCUUGGCAGACACUAGGAUCAGAUAUACCACCAGACUUUGCGGUCUCUGGGAUGGUUCCAAACAUCAACUCUUCUUGGGAGUUGUGGGCAUCUGCUGUUGCGCAACGUGAAGAGGCGCCGUUGUCGACCAGCAGGAUCGAGAAGGCAGGAACGAGUCGUAUUGGCGUCGGACGCACCAAGCCUGCAUGGGAAGGGUCACUUCCUUUCGCUUCGACAGACGCUGAUUCUCUUUGGGGGUGUGGAAGCAUGUCUGCUACAGAUCAACUUUCCGGGACGCUAGAGCCAUGGACCGAGAUGCCUCUGUGGGAUCUAGAGUUGGUAGACCUGGCUUGGGAGUAG